AUGCAAAACAACAACGUGAUUACUCUUUCGGAUGGUGAAGAUGAAGACGAUGAAGUUGUGUCAAUCUCCAAUCCGAAUACCAGUCCCAACAAUAUUGGUAAUGCACCAUUGAUGAGAAUGAACAAUGGAGGAGCAUUAAUUCAGAAUAAUAAUAAUAAUAUUAAUCGGAAUGUUUUCAUACCUCCUCCAUCGUUGGUUCCUUCCUCUUCUGUAAUGGUUGGAUCCUCUUCAUCGAGUGUACUGCCUGCGAAUGAAAAUAUUGGUGGUGGUGAUGAAGGUGGUGAUGAGAAUGACGAUGAUGUAUUGAUUGAUGAACCUGAAGAUGAUGAGGAUAAAGAUAAUAUUUGUCUAAUUUGUCAAGAUGAAUGGAAAACAGAAUCAAAUCAUCCUCACAAAGUCGUGGCUCUUAAUUGUGGUCACAUAUUUGGACAUUCUUGCAUUUCUCAAUGGUUACAAACCAAAAGAAUUUGUCCUGUCUGUAAGAGACCUGCCGAAGAAUCUGAUUUGAGACCUAUUUUCAUUCAAUCAUCAGCUAAUAGAUUUGCCAUAGAAAAGAUUCAGAAAAUUAGUGACAGAGAAAAACAACAUUUGAGGAGGAAAUUAAGACAAGAAAGAAAAAAGAGAAGAAUGUUUGAAUCGAGAAUGUUAAAAUUAAGGGAAAAAAUUAAGAGAUACAUUUCAAGCUCCUCCAAUCCUAAAACUAAUGUAAAUACUGAUGUACAGAUAUCUCAAAAUCCAAAACAAUUUCUAAAAGAAAUAUAUACCGAAAUUGAUUCAUGUCCUUUUGAACUCAAACUAAUAGAUACAGAAAAUAUGGAAUUUCAACCAGAAGACCCUGAUGUUGUGAUUCAAUCAUCAAAUCAGAACUCGUGCUUUGGACAGUACAAAGUCAUGAGAAAUGAUUAUUCACACAGGUUAUUUAAAUUUUUGGAUGAUCCUGGUCAAAUAGCAUUUGACACUCCAAGAAAUGCUCUGAGUAUUUACUCAUCUAUAGCGAACUUGUAUAUCGAUAUUCCACUUUUUGGGAGAAGCUCUAGUGCAUCUCCUUCCUCACCAAUAGAUGUAAUUGACCUCAAUUACUCGUCGAAAACUAACUUAAUUUAUGCAUCUCUUGAAAAUAAUGAUAUUAAGAUUGUAGAUGGUAGGACUAGAAAUAGUGUAGUAUUCGAUAUGAGACUAUCUAGUAGAGCAAAUUGUAUCUGCAUUAAUGAAAAAUAUGAAAAUUACUUCAUAUGUGGUACAGAGACUGGAAAUAUUACAGUUUUAGACAUUAGACUGCCUAGAUGUAUUGCCUUUGAUUACCAAGUACCUCACAGUGGCAUAACAACACAUGCAAACUCUGUGGUUUCUAUUGAUUGCAUACCAUCCAGUGACACUAUUCUUUAUUCUACCCUAUCAGGAAAUUAUCAAGCCAAGCUGAACUUUGAAUCGAAUGAUGUUAUUGCAGACAUUGGAGAUACAAGCACCAUUCAACCUGACUCUGUGCAAGAUAUUUCUUUUCCAUUCAUUCCAAAAUCCCUCAAACCAUUCAAUAUGAAAUAUGACAGCUACUCAAAACGUACUUUAUUUUCUUACUCUACUUUUGGAAAUCCUCAAAGAACUAUUGAUCACUUAAUUUUGAAAGAAACUAAUAAUGCUUUCCCAGUUACUGAUGAUAUGAUAAAAAUAGAAGAAAAAGAUGACCUUUCUUCACCACUCCAGUUUACUUCAUUUGAAAGAUGUAUGUAUUUUAAUGAUUUAUCAAUUUGA